UUCCCAAAUCAGAGUCGAAUUCCAUCGGGAAGCUUCCACAAUGUUCUGGAUCUCUGUUGUUCUUCCAGACUCAUCCUUCUCUUCCCCUUUUCUAUGCCCCAACGCCUCUCUCCUCACCAAUCCAAUUUUCCGAACCUAAAUUACAACUCUGAAGCUUUUACAACACUCCAGUUCUACCUUCAAUUUCUUAUUUGCAGAUUUAGAACAACAACAAGAAGGUUGAGAUUCACAUGGGUGUCGAUUAUUACAAGAUUUUGCAGGUAGACAAGAACGCCAAAGACGAUGAUUUGAAGAAGGCUUACAGGAAACUUGCCAUGAAAUGGCAUCCCGAUAAGAAUCCCAACAAUAAGAAAGAGGCCGAAUCCAAAUUCAAACAGAUCUCCGAGGCUUAUGAGGUUUUGAGUGAUCCGCAGAAGAGAGCAAUCUACGAUCAAUGUGGUGAAGAAGGUUUGAAAGGUCAGGUACCUCCUCCGGGCGCCGGAGGUCCAGGCGGUGCAUCCUUCUUCCAAACUGGGGAUGGACCAACGGUGUUCAGAUUCAACCCUAGAAAUGCCAAUGACAUUUUUGCAGAGUUCUUUGGAUUUUCAACCCCAUUUGGAGGAAUGGGCGGCGGUGGCAGUGGCAUGGGCAUGAGGGGCGGUUCCAGGCCAUUUGGUGGUGGCAUGUUUGGGGAUGAUAUGUUCGCUUCAUUCGGUGAAGGCCAGCCGAUGAGCCAAGGUCCACGAAAAGCUGCUCCAAUUGAAAGGAGAUUGCCCUGUAGCCUUGAAGAUCUCUACAAAGGCACCACAAAGAAGAUGAAAAUCUCCAGAGAAAUAGCUGAUGCGAGUGGGAAGACAUUGCCUGUGGAAGAGAUUCUAACAAUAGAAAUCAAGCCUGGUUGGAAAAAGGGCACAAAAAUAACAUUCCCAGAUAAAGGGAAUGAGCAACCAAACGUGAUACCAGCAGACCUGGUUUUCAUUAUAGAUGAAAAGCCACACAGCACAUUCACAAGGGAUGGAAAUGACUUGGUCGUUACAAGGAAAAUCUCUCUUGCUGAAGCUCUAACAGGUUACACAGCUCAUGUGAGCACACUAGAUGGAAGGAGCCUCACCAUCCCCAUCAACAAUGUCAUUCAUCCAGAUUAUGUGGAGGUUGUACCAAAGGAGGGCAUGCCAAUACCAAAAGAACCCUCCAAAAAGGGAAAUUUGAAGAUCAAGUUCGACAUCAAAUUCCCCACAUACUUGACUUCAGAGCAGAAAUCUGGGCUUAAGAAACUUCUGGUGUCUUAGAUUCUGUUCCUUGCUCCACUCUUGUAAAAAAAAAAAAAAAAAAAAAAAAAAA